AUGGAGGACUGUAGUCAUAAUAAAUACUGGGGGGGGCACCACUUGAUCUACAGAGAAGAGCUGAAAAAAGAUGGUGAGAAGAAAGUCCAUUGCUCGUGCUGCUACAAACCAAUAUGGGGUUCCCUCCACAAUUGUGUGGAAUGUCAAAACCGCCCUGUUCACAGGAACUCAUCCUCAUCCGAAAAUCAUUUCUUGGACUUCAAAGAAAAGCGGGACCCUGUUCAUAGGAACUCAUCCAGAGAUCUUUUCUUGGGGACCUCAUACAGAGAUCGUUUCUUGGGGUACUCAUCCGGAGAUCAUUUCUUGGACUUCAAAGAAAAGCUGGAAAAUGAUGGCGACAAGAAAGUUGUUUGCUACUGGUGCAACGAACCAGUAUUGGGUCCCGCUUACAAAUGCCGGCUCCCCAUCUCCGCAUGCAGCUUCGUUGUUCAUAAAUCAUGCACUGAUCUAUCUCAAAUAAACCACCCUCUGCAUCCACACCAUACCCUUACUCUCCGAAAGCCAGGUAUAAAUUGUUGUGAUGCUUGUCGUAGAUCUCACGACAGAUCUUUCUUUUACAAAUGUGAUCCGUGUGAUUUCCAACUCGACAUCGAGUGUGCUAACCGCUUGCCAGUUAAUCCUAAUGACUGUCACCAUCACGACUUCUUCUCCGUCUUCAGGCAGAUCCAGUUCAGCUGCGAUGCUUGUGGAAAGGAAAUCAAGCACAUGGCCUACAAACUAUGCAAUAUCUGCAAACUCUUGGUCCACAAUACAUGUGCUAAACUUCCACCCUUCGCCAAAUUUGAGCUACACAAUCACAUCCUCAGCCUCAUCUAUUCUCCUCAAGAAUUCAAGAAGCGCGACGACAUAUUUUGUAAAAUAUGUUGUAACAAUGUGAAUACAGAGUAUGCAGCUUACUAUUGUCGUAAAUGUAAUUAUAUUAUCCACAUAGAUUGCCUAACAGGUUUUACGGCUAUGUAUACCGCGUAUUCGUCUUUGCCUACAACUAGUGAAUCAGUGCCCAGCAAAUCAACUCAUUUGAUCAGGGCACUCAAUCAAUCUGAGGACGAAGGACCUCAUCUUGAGGAGAUCCAACAUUUUAGUCAUCGACAACAUAAGUUAAUCCUCUGCAAUGAUGAGGUCAAGGAUGAUAAGCUUUGUCAGGGGUGUAUGGAAUUCAUAAUUUCGGUCCCAUUUUACAGUUGUGUGCAUUGCAACUUUUUUCUCCAUACUCGAUGUUCUGUACUUCCCACAAAGAUUCAGCAAUACCGACUUCACAACUUUCACCAGCUCACCCUCCUCUCCCGGGCAAACACCAAGGGUGACGUGUUCUUUUGUGAACUUUGUUCUCGUGGUCAUUGUGGCUUCACCUACAAAUGUGACAAUUGUUCUACAUAUUCGUUGAAGCAAAUUUGCGUUCAAUGCGGUUCAAUUCCGGACACCCUUAAACACGAAGGUCAUCAGCACUCCCUUUUCCUUGCUCUUAGAUAUUCUAAUAGAAAAUGCAAAGCUUGUCCCAAGGACAAUGAGAAUUAUGUAUUUGUAUGCACCAGCUGCGAUUUCGCGUUAGGAAUCAGAUGUGCAAAUCUUCCACUGCUAGCAAGGCAUAAAUGUGAUACACAUUUCCUCAAGCUCACCUACGCUGCUGAAAACGCUUUUGGAGAAUAUUAUUGUCUAAUUUGUGAAAAAGAAAGAGACCCAAACUAUUGGUUCUAUUACUGUGCAGAAUGCGACUUUCCCGCUCACAUCGAAUGUGUUCUUGGGAACAAUCCAUGCAUUACAAUUGGAAGUACCUACAAUAGUGAUUAUCACCAACACCCUCUCACUUGUGUCAAGAAGACUAAAAAUCAGUAUUGCCAUGGUUGUCACGAAGCUUUUGAUGAUGUGGCAUUAGAAUGUUCUAAAUGCCAUUUUAGCGUCCAUCUUCCAAGACCUUACUUUCGUGAUUGUAUGUGGCAACUAAGUGAAUGGGGUUGGUGA